AAAAAAUUAUUUAAAACAAAAACAAAAAUUACAUCUACAUGGACGUAUGUAAAAGAAAAAAAAGGAAAAGGGGAGAGAAGGAUAAGUGAGUAAGGGUAGUAGAAACGAAAGAGGUACCUAAAAGGGGAACCAUCAAAAGUACGAGAAGAAGAGGAGAUUGAAAAACGAUAGAACGGAUAGAUAGAGGGAAGAGAGAAAAAGAAAAAAAAAUAGUAAAAAAGAAACAAAAAGAAAACCAUAAUCUAGCAGAAAGGAAGAAAGGGAGAGUAAGGCGCGAGUAAGCGUCGUCGUGGUCGUGCUCGUCGUCGUGGUGAUUUCUUUCGACGGGGGCGGAUUGACCGUCUUUGCCGUUGCUCCAACUUCUCCUCCUCCUCGUCCUCCUACUCCUACUGCUGCUGCUACUGCUGCUGCUGCUGCUGCUGCACCUCUUGUUCUAUCGUGAUCGUAUUCGUAAUCGUAAUCGCAUUCGUUAUCCGUAUCCGUCUCGUUUCGUCUCGUCUCGUCUCGUCUCGUUUCGUUUCGUUUCGUUUAGUUUCGCGUUUCGGUCGCCAAUUAUAAACGAGUUGUUUUUUUUUCUAUGACCGAGAAGCCACCUUUUCAAUUAUCCGAUGCAAGUUAGAAAAUGAGGCAGGAACGUUGCAAAUAAUUUUCAACCAGAGGAAAGCUCCCCCUUCCCCUCGCCUCGUCUCCGCUUCCCCCCGAGGUACGAAGAACCUACCUCCUGCAGAAUGAAAUAAAAGAAAGAAAAUGUCAGAACUCGAGGAAAGUCUGGCAGCGCCAGAUAGUACAACAAGGGAACAGCGUUUAGGUUUCUCACAUGGAGACGAUGUAUUGCUUCAACAUAAGGAUGGGAAAUUUUACUUGGGUACUGUUGUUGAGGUGGAUUUGGCUAGGGAAAGAUGUCUUGUUAAAUUUAUGGACAAUACAUCUUCAUGGUCAUCUGUUAAAGAAUUGACGAAAUUAUCUUUGCCAGAGUCGGAUGUUAUGUGUGUUCUUUGUAAGAAAUCCGAACCUAAAACAGACAAUGAUAUUAUUGUGUGCGAUAAAUGUGGUCGUGGUUAUCAUCAACUUUGCCAUCAGCCUCAUGUAUCCAAAGAAGAAACAAGAAGCGAUAUCAAUUGGAUGUGUAAAAGAUGUAUGGAUAAUCAAACGAGGAAUCGUGAGUCUGGAGAGAUUAAGAAAUGUAUGGUUAAAGUAAAUAUUAGAAAAGUUUGUAGUGGAAGAGAUCAACCUCAACCACCACCAGAUGAUAUGACCAAAUUACCAUACGAUCCUGAUAUGUUGAGUUGGGAUGUACAUCAUCGUGUUAACGCAGAACAAAUUUAUUGUUAUUGUGGUCUAAAUGGAGAAUGGUACACGCAAAUGUUACAGUGCGCACGUUGUAAACAAUGGUUUCAUGAAAAAUGCGUUAGUUGCUUAAGGUAUCCUCUCUACAGUGGAGAUAGAUUCUAUGUUUUUGUUUGUUCAAUGUGCAAUUACGGUAAAGAAUUUGUACGACGUUUGGAAUUAAAAUGGGCCGAUUUGGUGCACCUGAUGUUGUACAAUCUGACUGUUUACAAUGCAAAAAAGUAUUAUGAUUUAGAUACCGUUAUUAUACCUUAUGCCAAUGACAAUUGGAAUUCUUUGCAACUUCCACCACGCAUUCGAGAUGUUAGUGUUCAAGUGCGCAGAGAUUCAAUACUAGCCAUAUUAACCAGUAAUAGAAAUAGAUUCAAGUGUGGAAGAGAAAUUAAGAAACGUACUACAAUAUGGGGUCUUAGAGUUAGAUUACCACCGCCAUGUCCUAUUGUCAAUCUUCCAGCAUCUGGAGUUAUAGAUGAUUCUGUAUUACGUAGAUGCUGGGGUGCUAAUAAAAGACUACAAUAUUUAUCUCCAACUACAGGAUCUAUAUCUGAAAGUACAAAACAAUUGAAUGUACUAAAAGAAGUUUCACCUGAAAAUUUGGAAAUACCUGUCAAUCCGUCGGACGUCGUCAUGAGAGGAACCAUUUAUCAAAAUUCCGAAGCAGAGCAGAGUUCGUGUCCAAGUCCAAAUCCUCUUUCUCAAUCCACACAAUCUUUGAGAGAAAGAUAUAGCGGAGGUGGCUUUGUAAAAAAGACUUUCCCAUUUCCAAAGUUAAGUUUACAGAGAAGAAGAAGAUUAAUGGUACUGGGUAGUUCUCGAGAAAGGAUGUUCCGUAAGCAUAAAAAAAGGGAAAAAGGUGCAGAUGGUUCAUUAGGAAAAUCACAAGGCGUAAGAGAAGCCAGAUAUAGGAAAGCUAGGAAGCUAUUAAAAAAUGCCAUUGCCAAGAGUAAACCUCGAAAUUCAGAACAAUCGGAUUUACCACCAACACCUCCAACUUCUGUAUCUGGUCCACCAACACCACCAGCUACUACUGCGGUUAUGUCUGAAUUGUCCGUGCCCAGUUCAAUGGAAUUAAUGCAUUCUCUGCCACCAUCGACCCCAGCAGAUACGAGUGGCGAUGAAACGAGUUCAAGAGGAACAUUAGACUCCUUCAUUCCACCUCCGAAAGAUUUUGAAGGGAAAAAUCAUCCGUUUCUAAAUUUGAGCGAUCUGUUGGGUACAUCUUGUAGUUCUAAUCAAGCAAGCACGAGUACACCAUUAGCUCAAAAUCAACCACCCAUUACGUUGCCACUUCCAUUGACACCCGUGAUAGCACAACCACCAGUAGUACGUCCAACCAAACGUCAAUUAUCAGAGAAAGACAUUAUCAUAGACAGAAAUGGACAAGUGAAACGAAAAAGAACACAUCGACGCGGUAGACCAUCUCAACAACAGCAACAACUUCAACAACAAUAUCAACAGACAGCUAGUAAAACAGCUACAAUUUUGCCAGGACGAUAUAGCGAAGUUAAAAAUGAAUUUGUGAGAAAUUUAAGGAGUUCGUUCAAUGGUGGUGGUGCUUCGAGCAGUGCCAGUAGUCAAAUUGGAAAUUGUGUUGAUUACGCCUUAAAUGGAAGAAGAUUACGACAACGACAGAGCAGUGAAAAAUUACCACCACCAGAUCCACAGCCGCAGAAGAAGUGUAACACAUCCUCAUCUCCUAAAUGUUCGCCAAUGAAGCAAAGUUCUCCUGACAUAUCAUUGGAGGAUCUUAAAUCAUCGGUGAAUGUUUACUUUGGAGCUGCCAACAGGAUAGCGGCAGGUGAGAAGUUUGUGAUCAAGGCAAAAAGGGUAGGACCUAAUGGUCAAACGCAGUAUCUAAUUGAAUGGGAAAGUCUUAACAUUUAACGGUAAAAAAGUUAUUUACUAAGGAAGAGUAUCAUCGUGGUCAGGUAAUAAUAUACUCGGCCAAAUAAUAUUGAAUAGAGAACAACCGUUAUCUGACAAUCUGGAUACUUAGGACGAAAAUAUCGUAACGAAUCGAUUUGUGUCACUCACUGCCAUUCGUUAAAUACAUUUAUCUAUAACGAGUAUGUGUAUUAAUUGGUUUAUGAUAUUUGAUUGUUCUUAUUGGUAUAUAUAUUAGAUUUAGAUUUUUUAAAUAUACAGUAUAGAUCGUUGAAGCACAAUCUGUAGUCUGUGGGUUGCAUACUUAAAUGCUUGGAUUUAAAUAUCAAUCUAUCAUCCUUCCCCUCUCACUAUUUGUACAUAAUCAUGUACAAUUAGAAGAAAAUUGUGCGUCAUCGGUGUAGAUUAAUGAAAUUGAUCGUUCAGAAAUCUCACAAGUGUACUGCUUUAAAAAAAAACUAAAUAAGUUGAUAAUUAAAAUCAUUGCUGGUCAAUGAAUCAAAUUUUUGUCGAUAAAUUUCAAAGUCAGGUCAAUGUUUCUUGAUCUUACUUUAAUUAACGUAUUCAUUUUGAUUCCUUACUAAAAUUAUACCGUCCAAAAUUUUAUUAUUCAAACGGAUGUUUUAAGGACAUUAAUGUUGAAUAAAAAAAAAAACUCGAGG